AUGACAUCAACACUCCCUGAUAUCGACUCAAAAGUCCGAAAAGCACUAGAGGGAACUAAGUUUGAGGUCUCAGAACUCAUGGAGAUCACGGGUGGAUCUGUCAAUUGGAUCUACAAAGCGAAACUUUUGAAGCCUCUGGAUAACGGAGAGGAGGAGGUCCUAGUCAAGCACGGAGAGCGGUAUAUGGCGUCCAAGCCAGAGUCUGCGCUUCCUCCAAUCCGUCGUGUUAUUGAGACAGAGAGUCUCAAGAUCCUGUCGAGCGUCUCAUUAUUCGACAAUCGACCGAAAGAAACGUAUAGUUUCAUUGUACGAACACCAGAGCUAUACCAUUUUGACCCGACCAGCUCGACUCAGAUAUUGGAAUCCAUGCCUGAUGGUAUUCAUUUAAAGGACUAUGCCAUUCAAAACUAUGGCUCUCCAACGCCAGAUGCAUUUAAACCCCAGUGCCAGGAACUCGGAAAAGCAAUUGGCAAAUGGCUACAGGAGUUCGCCAUAUGGAGUGGACAACAAGUGCAACACCGAGACCUCGUCGCCCAGAACGCGUUUGGUCAACAUGAUAUCCUUACGCAAGUAGAGCAGAUGGCCGCAGCAGAAAAAGAAGACACAGAUAAGCUCCAGAUUAUCCAUGGAGACUUUUGGACCGGAAAUGUUGUUCUCCCCGACGCUGCGAUAAAAGAAGGCACGAAGAUUCCGGUGUUUGUCGUGGACUGGGAAAUGACGCAGCUGGGUCUGCCCAGUGUAGACGUUGGGCAAAUGAUCGCCGAAAUGUACGCGUUGUCGCUAUACAAGUCAGUCGACGCGGGGUUAUGGAUGAUGGGAGGAUUUAUCGAAGGAUAUGGGGAUAUCAGUGAAGACUUUGCUUUUCGGACCGCUAUACACGUUGGAACACAUCUAGUUUGCGUUACUACUGACUUCCCAGCGUGGGGGCAUGAGAACUACGCGAGAGUUGUUGAGGUUGGAAGAGAUAUCAUUGUGCAUGCUUGGGAGAAGGACCGUGACUGGUUCCAAAAGGGAGACUUGGCUUGUCUGUUCCAAAGCUACUCUUGCCAAUGA